AUGGCUACAGGAGGAAUAAGUGAACGGGAAGAUAGACUUAGAAGGAGAAAUAGAGAAAAAGAAAUGAAGGAAUUGACAGAGGAUAGAUUGAAGGAAAUGGAAGCAUUGCAUGAGACGUCUUUUGAUCAAGUUUUUAGAUCAAGAUUAAGUGACUUUGGGGAUAGAAGUACAGAUAGAAAUUUAACAGAUGAUAGCAUGCGGACACAAGGGAUAUACCCUGACAGAAGUGAUCAUAGCACACCAUAUAUGACGGAUAGACUUAUUGGAGAAUCAGUCAGCAGUAGUAUGAAUCAAACUGAGAGUGAUAGAAAGGAAACAGAGAAAAGAGAAAGAAGGGAAAGAAAAGCGGACCCAUACAGGAUAGGUACGUCAGAGAGUGAAGCUGGUAAGAAAUAUGAUGAAGCUUUGGACUUCACUCUUGAUGAUUCAUUUGAUGAAUUCAAAAAGAGAAUACAGGCAUUGAGUGCUUCAGUAUUCACAAUUGAUGAAGUAAAUGGCGAUGAGGACACACACAGUGUGAAGGAAAAAGAAGCAGGAGAGAGAGUUUUUGAUAAAAGACAAACUCUUUUGGCAGAAGAAGAGAAGAAACUCAAUGAAAGAGAAAUUAAGAUAAUGGAAAGAGAAAAUGAGAUGAUUAAGAGAGAAAAGUACUUGACAGAAAUGGAACAAACGAUAUUAGGAAAGAUGGACAAGUUAGAGAAAGAACACAUAAAGAUGGAACGGACAUUACAUUUAAAGGAACAAGAAUUCACUUCAUAUAUGAAAGAGACACAAAAGAAAAUGAACGACAAAAUAGACAAGUUAGAAACGUGGUACCAAAGAAAGGAGAGAGAGAUUAAAGAAAAGGAACUAGCGAUAGAAAAAAUGAAAGAUGAAGGGCGAGAAAAGCUUGAGCAUAAACCAGAAAGGACUGACACAAAGAAAAAGUCAGUAAGAAUAGAUACAGACACAGAUACAGAGGAUGAUACAGAUCAUAUUGAAGAGUCUGAUAGACGGAGGCAAAGAGCUAAUAAAGGCCUAGACAAUCUGAACCUGAAACUGAACUUAACACCGUUUUCAGGAAUGGAGCCAGUGCCUCGUAAUGAAGCUACCUUUGAAGAGUGGAAGCUAGAAGUAGAAUGCGUGAAGGCAAUCUAUUCAGAAUUAGUAGUAAUUCAGGCUAUAAGGAAAGCCCUUAAAGGACAAGAUAAGAGAAUCUUGCUUCACCUAGGCCCUUAUGCAUCUGUAGAAAGGAUAGAGAAGAAAUUAGAAGAUGCUUUUGGAAAUAUUGCAAGUAAAGACAGUAUACUUUCACACUUCUUUCUUGCAGAACAGGAAGUCAAUGAAUCUAUAGUAGAAUGGGGUCUAAGACUAGAGGAUAUGCUCUUGCAAGCAUCAAGGAAAACAAGGAUUGAAGAAAAGGAGAAGGAAGAUAUGUUAAAAAGAAAGUUCUGGAGAGGCCUAAGAAAUGAAGAGUUACAAAAUGCAACAAGAGUUCAUUUCGAAAGUGAUAUAUCGUAUGAACAAUUACGAAAACAAGUAAGGUCAGAAGAAUUUGAAAUGAAAGUACAAAAGGAAAGGAAGGAUAAGAAAGAGAAGCCUCCAACAAAUAAAGCUAAACAAUCAGCAUUGAACUUUCAAGAUGAUGAAGGAAAACAGAUGAUGAAACUCCUGAUAGAAAAGAUGGAACAGUUGGAUCAGAAAGUCAAUGAUUUAAAGAAGGAAAAUGAACAAUUGCAGAAGAACAGAGAAACACCACAAAGAGACAAGGAAGGAUACAGAUAUAACAGAGGUCGAGGAUACAACAGAGGAAGAUGGAACAGAAGAGGAGGAAGAGGACAAGAUACACAACAAGGACAAAGCUCAAAUGAGAAUAACAAGAAACCUGACAAAACAGCCGGUUUAAACGAGAAAGGUUCUUCAUGA